CCUCCCCGUGGGGGCCGGGCGGCGCUGCUGCCUGGAGCGGGCACGCAGCCUUGCCGCGGCAGAGCGGAGGCAACAUCUGGCCGCCGCUGGGCGCUCUGCUGCGGAAGGAGCCGCUCUCGGGCCGAGCCCCGCCGGCAGCGGCUGGGGUGAAGGAUGUUCUCCUCGGCGAAGCCCUACGGGAACCAGCACUUCUCGGCCCUGAAGAAAGACUGCCAGCGGCAGAAGGUGCUGUUCGAGGACCCGCUCUUCCCCGCCACUGACGACUCCCUCUUCUACAAGUCACGCCUUCAGGGCGUCCAGUGGAAACGUCCGAAUGAGAUCUGUGACGACCCCUAUCUCUUUGUGGAUGGAAUCAGUUCCCAUGACUUGCACCAGGGCCAAGUUGGGAACUGCUGGUUCGUGGCAGCCUGCUCCUCUCUGGCCUCCCGGGAAUCUCUGUGGCAGAAGGUCAUCCCAGACUGGAAGGAACAGGAGUGGAAUGCUGAAAAACCAGAGAACUAUGCUGGGAUUUUCCACUUCCAGUUCUGGCGAUUCGGCGACUGGGUGGACGUGGUGAUAGACGACCGCCUGCCGACGCUUCACAACCAGCUCAUCUACUGCCAUUCCAACGCCAAGAACGAGUUCUGGUGUGCCCUGGUGGAGAAGGCCUAUGCCAAGCUCUCCGGGUGCUACGAGGCCCUAGAUGGAGGCAACACAGCGGACGCACUAGUAGAUUUUACCGGCGGCGUCUCUGAGCCCAUUGACCUGAUCGAAGGGAACUAUGUUAACGACGAAGCCAAACGAAAUCUCCUCUUUGAGCGAGUGCUGAAGGUCCACAACCGGGGAGGGCUCAUCAGUUCCUCUAUCAAAGCCACCACAGCAGCUGACAUGGAAGCCCGCCUGGGCUGCGGCCUCGUCAAAGGACACGCCUAUGCCGUGACGGACGUGCGGAAAGUCCGCCUGGGCCACGGCCUGCUGGCCUUCUUCAAGUCGGAGAAGCUGGAUAUGAUCCGGCUGCGGAACCCCUGGGGGGAGAGGGAGUGGAACGGCCCGUGGAGCGACACCUCUGAGGAGUGGCAGAAGGUGAGCAAGAGCGAGAGAGAGAAGCUGGGGAUGACAGUGGAUGACGACGGGGAGUUUUGGAUGACAUUUGAAGACUUCUGCAAAUAUUUCACCGACAUCAUCAAGUGCCGUCUCAUAAACACCUCCCACCUGAGCAUCCACAAGACAUGGGAGGAGGCGGUGAUGCGCGGGGCAUGGACAAGACAUGACGAGCCCCUCAAGAACCGCUCCGGAGGCUGUAUCAACCACAAAGCCACCUUCCUGCAGAACCCCCAGUACGUGUUUGACGUGAAAAAGGCAGAAGACGAAGUGCUCAUCAGCAUCCAGCAGAAACCAAAGAGGACCAGCCGCAAAGAGGGCAAAGGAGAGAACUUGGCCAUCGGGUUUGAGAUCCAGAAGGUUGAACUGAACCGGAAUUACAGGAUGCACACUGUGCAGCAGCAAGUGGCCACCUCCGUCUACAUUAACUCCCGGAGCAUCUUCCUGAGGACAGACCUGAAGGAAGGUCGCUACGUCAUCAUUCCAACUACCUUCGACCCGGGUCACGUGGGAGAGUUCCUUCUCCGGGUUUUCACAGAUGUGCCUGCAGAUUGCCGAGAGCUGACCUUGGAUGAGCCUCCCCGCACCUGCUGGAGUGGAAUGUGUGGCUAUCCACAAGUGGUGUCCCAGGUCCAUGUCCUGGCAGCAGCUGGGCUGAAGAACCAGGAUUCCCAAGGAGGAGCAGACCCAUAUGUGAUCAUAAAGUGCGAAGGGAACAAAAUUCGAUCUUCAGUGCAGAAAAACACCCAGGCUCCAGAGUUUGAUGUGAAAGGUCUCUUCUAUCGCAAGAAGGCAGGACAGCCCAUCAUUGUACAGGUCUGGAACCAUAACAUUAUAAGUGAUGAGUUCCUGGGCCAGGUGGCCCUAACUGGUGACCCCGAUGACCAUCUGUCACAGCAAACCCUUCAUCUCCAAGAUAAGGGGAACAAAAAAUCCAGUGGCAUUUCAGGAAGCAUUGCCGUGAGACUGCUCAGCAGUAACAAACUCACCAAUGUCUAGCUUCUCCGGGACUCUUCUUCUCGAGCCAUAUAUGUGAAUAUAAAAUAUAUAUAGUGUAUGUCCUGUCUGCAAGAGGGCAUGAACUAUGCAUGCAUCACACUUAAAGGGGCCAGUCUUAUGUUUUCAACGUUAAACAAGGUGCCUUUUUGGGAACCAAAAUGAUUCUUUUACUCACACGAGGCAUCGUUUGUGCGCAAUACUAAAGUGGUUCGUGCCGGUGUGAAAGCACUGGGCAUAUGGUACAUUCUGUGACAGCCAGACUGGGAUGCCCUGAUGCUGUUUGUUUACAUGGGGAUGUCGCGCACCCCCAGAGAUGGGCAGAUUGAUCCCACCAAGCAAUAUGCCUCUUCAAUCUACCUGCUUGGUUUUAGACAACCGUAUGGAAAUUCAUCAUCACUGAUGUCUCCUUUAAUCACACAUCUGUGGAGGCAGCUCCAGCUGCCCACUGGUUACUCGCAGUAACUGGCCUCUACCACCGGAGGCAGGAAGAGCAGCAGGUGCUGCUGCUGCUGGAGCUGGGAGGAGCACUCAGGGAUGGCUCCCUGCCCUGAGCAUGGCUAGCGCUCCCCCGCCCUGCCCCAGAUACCCCCUAACUGGAGCACAGCUCCCCCUCCCCCAUCCUGCCCCUCUCACCUCCGGAGCGUGGCUCCCCCUCCCCCAUACUGCCCACUCACCCCUCACCUCCAGAGUGUGGCUUCCCCUCCCCCACCCUGCCCCA